AUGCGAUCUUUGUCGAGUUCCUCCGGUGGAUUAUAUAUAAGUGCCCCCGGGAAGAUUAUUUUAUUUGGUGAACACGCUGUUGUUUAUGGAAGAACGGCAGUUGCUGGCUCUAUAGACUUGCGCACUUACGUUAGCCUAUUCACUUCGGCGGAUGGCAGGAUAUAUUUGUCAUUACCUGCUCUUGGUGUUGAAAAAACUUGGUUACUAAAGGAUCUUUUGAGAGCUGGAGAACGUCUUUCUGAAUACACGGUUGACGACGGGUCGCCACCAUCCCUCGAAUUACUUGUGCCUAUAGCGCGAAAACUAAGCGGAUCAUGCGAAGAUCAAUGUGGUGUACAACAUUUGGCAAUAUUAGCUUUCUGGUAUCUUCUUCUCGGUGUUGUGCAACGAAAAAAGGAUAUUCUUGCCGUAAAAGUUACUAUUCGCUUCAAACUUCCCUCUUGUGUUGGUCUGGGCUCGUCAGGAGCAUACUGUGUUUGCGUUGCAGCUGCACUGCUGCAAACAGCUGGCUUGAUUCCUGCCCCAUCAAUCCCUGUAAAUGACGAAGGAUCACUGACAUGGGAAGACCAUCAUCUAGACAUGAUCAGAAAAUGGUCAGCUGCAGCUGAGUCACUGAUACAUGGGCGAGCUUCUGGACUUGAUGCGGCCGUUUGCACUUACGGUGGUGUUGCAUGUUUUAAACCUGGGACAUGUAUUCAACAUUUAAGGAAUCUUCCCGACCUCAGGGUAAUAUUGGUCAAUUCGAGAGUUGAAAGAAAUACUUCACGAAUGGUACAAACAGUGAAGGAGCGGUUGAAGAAGUUCCCGGAUGUUGUUGAAUCAAUUUUCAAUGCUAUCGAUGCUAUCUCACGUGAUGCGGCAAGAAUUCUGCAUCGUCCACCAGAAGAAAAUGGUGGCGACGAAAGGGUUUCAAAUGGUGGUAAUAGUAAUAACUCAGUUAUUACGGCUUGUGCCGAUGGUGAACAUCAAUCUUUGCAAUCUAGUGGACAUUCUCAGCAACAUCAACAGCCGACUAGUGGAGUACAUUUACCGAAAGAGAGCUCUUAUGCUGCUGGUGGUAAACGUAAUAGUAACGCUUCCGCAACUAGUGGUACUUCGGGUGCUAAUUCGGAGAAACAUGAGCGAGGACAGCUUGCCGAUUCCUUUUCCAAGCUCAAUGAUUUAUGUCGAAUAAACAAUCAGUUACUAAUUGCACUUGGUGUUGGUCAUCCAAAAAUUGACCAGAUUUGCACAUUACUUGCACGGUAUGGAAUACAUCCAAAAAUGACUGGUGCUGGUGGUGGUGGAAGCGUUUUUGCUUUCUUAAAACCAGAUACGUCAGCAACUGUGUUAUCAAUGAUCAAAGAUGAACUGACAAAACUGGAUUAUGAAUUGUGGCAACCUCCGCUUGGUGGUCCAGGAGUUAUUUGUCAUAAUAGUAAGCCUGAUCUCUUUGUUGUGCCUAGCACAAUGAUUGCAACACCGAGCGAUUCGUCGUCCCACUCAACUCCUUCGCUUUAUCUCCAUGACAAAAAGAUUACGAACUGA